AUGGUCGCAGGUAAACCAAGACCAACAAGGAUAGGAGACCUUAAAGGACCUUGGGCCAUCGGUGGUUUUCAAGCUAGGAUGGAUCGUAGAGAAGCCAAAGAUAUAUUAGGACUUAAGGAAUCACAAGUAACUAAGAAUCGAUUGAAGGAUGCUCAUCGGAAAAUCAUGUUAGCUAAUCAUCCAGAUCGAGGGGGUAGUCCUUAUUUAGCUAGUAAAAUCAAUGAAGCUAAAGAUUUAUUAGAAAAGAGCUUGCGGUGA